AGUUUCAGGUUCUCGCUCAAGCUGUCAAGGACGACAUCACAGAGCUCGAAAAGCAUGUCCAGGUUGUCACUGACCUGCUCGAAAAGGCUUUAACUACAGUCAACGAGCUAACUAGGAAAGAAAAUAGCGAAGAUCUGGAGAGAGUAUCGGCAUUGAUCACUUUGACAGCCGGGAAUGUACGUAAAGAGCUCACGGCUAUGGAUAAGCAAACUGAUAAUUUAUCCGGUACGGGUGGACUUACAGUUAAUGAGCGCGUACAAAAACAACAGUAUGCGUCUUUAUCGAAAAAGUUCCUGGCUGUAAUGACCAAUUACAACACCACUCAAACAAUCAGUAAAGAGAAGUAUAGAGAUCAGGCCAAGCGACAGUAUUUAAUAGUCAAUCCAAAUGCUACGGACGAGCAGAUAGAAGAAGUUUUGGAAAGUUUGCAAAGCGGCGGUCAAGUUUUUGCUCGGCAAACUCUCUCAUCGGAGCACAUCGAGGCGCAAGUUGCUCUCGAAGAAAUCCAGAGUCGGCAUAAGGACUUGAUGAUAUUGGAGAAGUCAAUUCUCGAGUUGCACGCAUUGUUCGUCGACCUCAGUUUUUUGAUAGAACAACAAGGAGAGCAAGUGGAUAACGUAGAAUACGCUGUGGGGCAAGGCAAAGAUCACGUAGAAGUGGCCGUUGUCGAGCUGGAGGAGGCUGUGGUAUACAAGAAAAAAGCUAACAAGAAAAUGGUAUUCUUUUACAUCCUGAUGGUCGCCAUAAUCAUCGGCAUCGUAGGAGGCCUCGCCAUUCUGCAAUGUACCUAG